UAAAUCACGUGAAGCUCGUUAAAAUAAUGACAACUCUGACUGUAACAAGUGAAAAUGGAAAUCAAGUACGCAGAAGACUGAAAAAAUGUUCCAAAGAGCUGUGUAACGUAAAGACAGUGAAGAAAAGAUUGCCUAUAACGGAAUGGCUACCAGAAUACAAUCUGACGAAACUGAUCCAAGAUAUAAUUGCGGGAAUCACAGUUGGACUGACAGCUAUUCCUCAAGGCAUUGCAUACGCCGUCGUAGCUGGUCUGUCUCCUGAAUAUGGUCUAUAUGCAGGAUGAAUGGGAGGAUUUGUCUACUUAUUCUUCGGAAGCUGCAAGGAUGUUACCGUUGGACCUACAGCCAUCAUGUCUGCAAUGGUAUCGAAAUACGUCUCCGGUUAUUCAGCAGACUUCGCUGUUUUGGCAGCAUUCCUAUCUGGACUGGUGGAGCUUGGUAUGGGGAUACUGCAUCUUGGAUUUCUGGUUGAAUUUAUAUCGAUGCCAGUCAUUAGCGGAUUUACAACCGCCGCUGCUUUACAAAUAGCUGCAGGCCAAAUGAAGUCGUUAUUCGGUCUCGACGGAAAAUCAGGAAAUUACUUUUCAGAAUCCUUGUACAAUUUUGUAAUCAACUUUAAGAGUAUGAAAGUAUGGGAUCCGAUUCUUGGAUUUUUAACGAUCGGUAUACUUUUGUUGUUGAAGAAUAUUGGACAAGGGUGCAGCCGUACUGACGGCUUAGCAAAGCAACUUCGGUGGUUUGUUUCACUCGCUAGAAAUGCCGUGGUUGUUAUAACAGGUAUGAUCAUAGCAUAUACACUAAAAGUAUCAACAGGCACGGAACCUCUAAUUCUUAUUUGUGAUAUUGGGAGUGGACUACCGAAAAUAGAACCACCGCCCUUCAGUACAACCGUAGGUAAUGAAACCUAUACAUUUAGUGACAUCAUAUCAGUCCUGGGGCCUCAAUCUAUAGUGUUACCCUUAGUAGCUAUUUUAGAAUCCGUGGCGAUUGCAAAGGCCUUUGCAGUAGGCAAACCCGUGGAUGCUACUCAAGAAAUGAUGGCAUUAGGAAUGUGCAACAUAGUUGGCUCAUUUACUAAAAGCAUGCCUAUAACUGGCUCAUUUACACGAACAGCUAUAAAUAAUGCUUCAGGAGUACAAACCCCUGCAGGUGGUGUCUUUACUGGUUUUCUAAUAUUAUUAGCUUUGAGUUUAUUAACGUCUACAUUUUAUUUCAUACCUAAAGCAUCACUGGCUGGUUUAAUUAUAACAGCAAUGUUUUCUAUGAUAGAUUUCGUUAUAUUUGGAAGAUUAUGGAGGAACAGCAAAAGUGAAUUAUUUUUGUUACUUAUUACAAUGUCGUUUUCUUUGUCAAUCGGAUUAGAAUACGGGAUUGUUGCUGGAAUAGUUGUGAAUGCUGCGAUAUUAUUGUAUACAGUUUCACGACCAUCUGUGAAAAUAACUACAAUAUUAUGUGAAAAAGGAGAAUAUUUAUCAAUAUGUUUACCUGACAAAUUGUCAUAUUGUGCGGCUGAACAUGUUCGGCGCAAAGUAUUGCAAGCAUCUCAAGAUGUAAGAAAUGCAGCAAUUGUCAUAGAUGGUUCAAAUGUCAAAAAAAUUGACUCCACCGUGGCUUCAAACCUCAUGUGUGUGGUUCAAGAUAUUGAUAAAGCAGGCCGAAAAGUAUUGUUUAUGAAUUUUCCCAAUAGUAUUGUGUGA